AUGGCGAUUCUAUAUAGCAUAUUGGAGGGAGUGGAUUCUGAACCCGAACUCCCCAAACUUUAUCGCCUUAAGAAUCCGCCGAAUCCGAGUGAUCUGCUUGUGUUCCGGAGUGAUGCUCCACUGCCGGAAGUGCCUCGUCUGCUUCAUCAGACCCCAAGUUCUCAUCGACCAUUUGUUGAUUCUCAUCCGGAUCCGGCUGAAUUGGAUGAUUUAAUGGACGAAGAUUCUGAUGGGGGUACUACCCUUGCAGAAGAUGUGAAGGGUAAGGCGGUCGAGUCCUUGGAUCGGGAGGAGAGCCCUCAGCCCAAAGCCGGCACUAGUUGUCCCAAGAAGCCGAGGACAAUUGUGCGGAAGAGGAGGGCUAGCAGUGAUGCCAGCCCUGGAACCGUGCCCAAGCAGAGGCGAGUAGUUGAGGAUGGCACUCCUAUAGCUGCCACUGAUGUGGGGGAGUCGUCGAGGAGGACCGGAGGAGCGGGGACACAACCUUUGGAUGAGAUCCCAAUUGAUCUUGAGGAUGAUCCGCAGUUGACGCUUGGGAAUAUGAAGAAAUUCCAAGCGAAUGUUCGUGAGUUCACCAAGUUUUCUGUGCAACUAGCCAAUCGCUCAUAUCUGAAGUCUCAGAAACUGAAGGAGACUGAAGCGGAUCGCCAGAAGAUCGUUCUGCUAGAGGCGGAAAAUGCUGCCCUGAAGAAGGAUAAAGCUGCACUCGAGCAGAAGGUCAAGAUGUUGAAGGAAGUGAUUCAGAAGAAUCGAGAUGGGACCGAGAGCCAUCAUAGAGAGCUGCAGGAACUCAAGGUGGUGGCUCAAACUAUAGUGGACUCGAUUGGUCCAGCCGAAGAAUCUGGUAGCAGCUUGGCUGAUCGGCUGCAGAGGGCUCCUCAGAAGUUUUCCGAGUACUUGGCCGAGACUUCUAGAAAUUGUGUAGCGCAAGCUCUCGGGCUUGUUAAGUCAUAUUGGCCUUUGGCGAAGAUAGCCAUUCUUGGCGAUGGUAUGUGUUCAAAAUGUAACCAUGACCAGUUUGUCAAGUAUGUAGAGGAGGCUGAACCUGUGGCCGACCAGAUUGUAAAGUUGAUAGAACAGUAG